UCUCCUUCGUCGUUCAUACUUCCAAACAGAAACAAAUUUGAGAAUGAGACCUGAAUCAUGGAUUACUGCCACGUCAGCAACCGAAGAAGAAGAGGAGAGGGAAAGUGAAAAUGAAACUUGGACGGUGAGAAGGAGCAAGAGCUUCGGCGGAAGGAGUAAGAGCAAGAACAAGAAGAAGAAGAGUCAGGUGUUGUUGGAAGGCUACGUCGACGAUCUUCCAAGAACCAAGAGCUUGACGGACGACGAUCUCGAUGAGCUUAAGGGCUGUUUGGAUCUCGGAUUCGGUUUCAGCUACGACGAGAUUCCUGAGCUCUGCAACACCUUGCCUGCACUCGAACUCUGCUAUUCCAUGUCGCAGAAGUUCACCGAUCACUCCUCCUCCGACGCCGAUUCCUCACCGGAUUCCUUGUCCUCUUCCAUCGCCAAUUGGAGGAUCUCCAGUCCUGGUGACCAUCCCGAAGACGUGAAAGCGAGGCUCAAGUUUUGGGCGCAAGCUGUUGCAUGUACGGUUAAACUCUGCAGCUAAGCCGCACCGACGAAUCUCAACGUGAUUUGAGUGAUGACGUGGCAGCAGAAUGAUGGAGAACCUGGAGAUGAAUUUUGGAAGUUAUUGUUGUUAGUAUUAAUUAAUAUUAUUAUUUAAACCUGGAGAUGGGGAAUUCAACGUGUCAAGCUACUCUAUCAAUGAUAGGUGGACCUAACUGCACGGAAAAGGGAAGAGGGAAUAAGCAGAAGCAGAGGGUGGUUUCAGGUUUGAGAAUACCCUCCACAUCUGAUUCCUGAACCUGACUUCAGUUUAAUCUUCUGGAUCCUAAUAUUGUUAUUGUAUUUGUAUCAUUCUAAUAAGCAACUUUAUCAUCAUUAGAAUAAAACCCUUUUUGUUUCCGACCCUACCUGCAGCUCUGAGGUGAGAGCUUCACCGAAUGUUACUACUUUCAUCACCUCUGCAAAUCUGCUAGAGGUAACUAAUCUAACUGCACACACAUUUUUGACCUCUUCCAAACAUAACCCUUCAGCUCUGGAUAAUUGUGCUAACUUGUGUGUGCUGACAUAGAUGAUUCCAUUCUGCUCAAACUUGGAGGGAGUGGGUCAAGGGCAAGAAUGUGAAGAUGCUACCCCAAGAAAUGUUUGCCUAACUCAUUUUUUUGUUCUUAUUACUAUGCUGUUGUCAUUAUAGGGUCAUGAACUGUGAUUCAUCCUUGAAUGAAUUAUCCAAUCAAUACGAAUGCUUUUCCUCAAA